CGUUUAUCGUUGAUAGUACAGCGUCUGAUCGCGAUGGCUGACGAGGAAACAGAAAAAUUUCUGUCCGAGGACACACCAAAAUUUCCCGACGAAACACUGCAAUCGACAGAGGGAAAACGGGAAAAAUUUCUCCGUGUAUGGCGCUACGUGGCGAUAUGCAGCAGUUUUUUGUCGAUUGGCACGUUCAUCGUUGGAUGUUUUAUUGUGAUCGAAGUGCAGCAGUUCUACAACAUUGCUUACCCGUUGGCGGCGCAGAGUGGAUACACGGAGGAUCUGUAUGUCCGCUUCUUGGACGAAUGCAGCCAUAUCGGAUAUGCACUGAUUGUAGCCGGAGUAGUUAGCGUCUUCUUCGGUGUUGCCAGUUUUGUCGCUUACAAGAAGAAAUUGUUGGAAACACACCCGAAGACCUGCACCCUGCUGGCAGUCGUCUUCAUCGUCGGCGUUCUUGUGGCUGAAGCAGCAUGCGGCUUUUUACUCCUACAGAAGAUGGAUGAUAAGCAGCCCUCGCGGGAGUUAGCCGCGUUAAAGGACCACUACGCAUACCAACCCACGGAACUGACCGGAGACGACGCGGUGAUCAUCCUACCGGCACGCUCUAACGCCACUAUGGAAGCCAUACCAGAGUUUACGCUACGGAAAACCAUAAUUUUGAAUGCUCUUCAAAUGAUGCUGGAUUGUUGUGGAACCGAAUUCGGCUACGAAGACCUGUACGGUUCGUUGUACUAUGGAGAUACCUUCCCGUUGUUCCCGCCGCCGGUCUUCUGCUGCCGCUAUAAGGAUCCGGUUAGCCGCACUCUCGCGGAUAGGAACUGCUAUUUCGAUGCAUACCGCAACUCGCAAUCGACCAAAUUCCAGCACGGCUGCGUCAAAGCUGUCACGGAGUACCGACACACCAAAUUUCCCAUCAUGUUAAUUGUGAUCUUUGGGGUGAUCCUUCUGAAGGUCAUCGUGUACACGGUGAAGCUGGCAACCAAGUGGUCACUCUCCGGCAAGGCUUGGUACAAUGCGCAAAGGGAAUGCACGAACGCCGCAAAACGUAUUGCGCAGAUGAAUGUGGACCAGUUGUUGCUCAAUACGAAAGACCGCAAGGACACACAUGCCGAACUUAUGGCACAACUGCAGGAAAAAUGCCGAGCUCUAACCGAUCGCGUGGAUUUAAUUGUAAAGCACCUAAAGGAUCGCGACCCGGAAGAGCUGAGUAAUGACUACUCGGAACUCCCGGAAGCCACGCUAGAUCUCAUCGACCAUUCGAAACGCUGUAUUGCCCGCAUCGCGCAGUUGGACCUUUUCAAGGCACUGCAGUUAUUUAAUUAUCAGUCCUCCGAACAGCUGAUCUGUGCUUUGCGGAAGAUGCAGAAAUGCUGUCAGCGUAUUAGCAAGAGUCCGCCCACAGAUGGCGAAGCAUUUCCGCCUAAAGACAUCGAUCGUAUUAUGAAAGGCGUCCUCUUGUCGUACAAUCACUGCCGACAAGCGUCCCUGGAAGCCGCCACACUGACGACAUUAGAGCGGCUAUCACGCUACGCGGAGGAUGUCGUGCAAACAGGUGGCGCUCUGCUGGACAGCUUGAAUUCCGCUGCACCGGAUUAUGGUGCCAUGCAGGAAGAUGCUCAGAAAUUGCAGAAAGUCGCGCAAAGAAUUGGCAAAUACUUCGCUACAAACACCAUUAUGGGUUGCGAUGUCCAGUCCUGUCGUCAGGAAGAAUCCCAGACCGUAUUGUCCGAUAAAAUGUUGGACAUACGAGAAUCUCUGCAGAAGUUUCUGUAUCACGCCGCCCAACUAACUGUCAAGCACAGACAUAAGGACCCGAAGCGGAUGCUAAAACACGGAAAAGCUCUUCCUGCUGUGCAGCAGGACGUCGUGAAGGUUGUUAAAGGACUGUGGGAGGCCUUCCAGAGCAACGUGCCAGGCGUGAUGGACCGCAGCGACCUGAUGUUCGACGUAAACAGAAUGCUUAAUAAGGAAUGGUCCCGCCUAACUGCCCUGGCGGACCCAGCGCGACCGUUGGCCGAGUUCUCGGUCGUUCUUUUUGACGUCUCACAGUUCAAAACGGCUCUCGACAACAUAGCCGUUGCUGUCACCAAGGACAAGCUGGGGACCACCGGAACGCUGCACACGCUGGGGAAGUACCUCAUCGAACUGGACAGCCAUCGCCGCUUCCUCCAGUUGGAGACGUGCGGCUGUGCGUCCCUGGCGGUGAAGCCGGAAGAUUCACGUCACUUCCUAGACUGUUUGUGGAGAAUCCUCGAUCAGUCGGCGUUUUUACUGGAGCAGUGCGGCUUGUUCGUCGACGCGUGUCAUAAGGGCAGUGAUAUCAAAACAAUUCGUGAUGUCAUUAGAGAACACACGAAAGUGAUGAAAGAAGCGCAGCUGUCCGCUCUACAAGCGCUACAUGAGAAACUGUUGCGGAAGAAUGGCUACCGGAUUAUACAUAAACCGGCGCAGAGAGAGGAUAAUGCAGCAAACCAACCACGAACUGCCGCAGAAAUAUUCGCAAAUUCUCCGUGGCACAAGAUGAUAAAAAAACUACCAAAAGAGGUCUUCAAACCUUACGCCAGAAACGUACGAAGCGCAAGCACUUCCGAAACAGCAAACAACAGCGCCAGAAAUUCCAUCACUUCGGUUGACGAAAGCGUGAUCGAUAUAGAUGAGAUCACGAUGCCACAGAUUCGAGAGGCUUUGACGGAGGUUGACGAGACCUUGCGAAAAUUUCGAGCGUCAAACGGUACGAACGUUGCACCUAGUCGAGAGUUCGCCGUUGAGCUGCUGUUGAAGGAGAUUGCCACUUUCCGUGGUCAUGUAAAGGAAGCGGUCGCCGCCGGGAAAUCAGCGAACAUGGAUGACGUAGCGUUCUUUGGAGGGACCGGCGCGAGGCGGUUAUUAACCGCGUGCCAAGAAGCCGCAGUGAAUCCCCACUGGAAACCUGAAGUGCAGAAAGAGAUCCUGCGAUCCGGAGAGGAAGCCCUGAAGAGCUACCGAUCGCUGCUUGUGUAUAUCGACAAACGAUUCCGGAGUACGGACAACCGCGCAGAUUUACAAAAAAUUAGUUAUUUGCAUUUAUCACUGGAGCAGAUUCUUCAGCGCAUCGAAAAAGUUCUGAGAAGCAACAGUACGGAUGCCCAUCCGAACAGUAUCCCUAGAACGCACAAAUAAAACUUAUGUUUUCAUAUGUCCGGCCAAUAAUUAACUUUAUGUGUGAUAUUGUUGACAUGUGACAGAGCAUCCGCAAAGCGUCGCUUAAGGGACAGUUUUUGCGCAUCAGUACAAAAAUCAA